AUGGAAAGUGCGUUCCUGCGCUGCCAUAAAACCUCGCGCCGGCCACAAACCGUCCAAAAUCGCCCACGCCCACGCUCACGCUCACGCUCACGCCCACGCCCACCCACACGCAAGACGCUCCUUCCACCACCUGUCAUUCUCAAUCCGGAUGCGGAUUCCUUGAAGGGAGACGUUGGCGCAGCAUCUUUCGAAGCCACCAGGAUGGCGCUGAUCCUGCCCAAGGGCAUUGUGGUCAACAGUGAUCAGAUCAACGACAGUAUCCAGAGCAUUGCGCUGGAGCCAUUGGAUGCGGCGGAGAUAGCCAAGUUCUGGAAAGUAUAUACUACAACGAAAAGAAGACUGCUGGAUCCUACUGCAGAGCGUUUGGAGAACUACUGGUGGCGAAUAUGGCACAGCGACAGGCAAUACCUAGACGCGGCAACGAUAGCUCGACUCUUCGCUCACAUAUCAGAUGGUCCGACAUUCAUGCCACUCAGAGGACCUCCAAACCGACAUGAAGGGCCGUCACCACCGAACAGAAGUAUGCAUCAGCAUAGGCCUGGAACCUCGAGUACUACUGCUCUGCAACAGCCUCCCCCUAGUGGACCUAGCAUAGGGACGACUACAACGGCGAGGUCUAAAGCCCCAGUCCCCAUGCCGCAUCCUAUCUUGAAAAAGACGCGAGGCCCAUCCACUGGUGGACCCCGCCCGACCGCUCGAUUUAUCUCACCCCAUGAGUCCGAACACGAGAAAGAAGACACUUCCCCGGCCAGUCCAAUCUCCCACGUCGCCAUGCAACCUCCUUCGCCGGACCCGAAAGAUGCAAAGCCUGACAAGAAACCACUCGGUACAGGGAGUAAGAAAAAAGCUGGAUUUAUGGCCUCGAAGAAGAAACGACCGGUUAUUGUCAGACGCCAGAGCUCUCUGUCGUCUGCAGAUGCUGCAGCGAAAGAAGCUGAAGCCUCACAAGCGGCUGUCGGAUUUCCAUCCUCUCUGGACCCGCCUCCAAAGAAUUCUGGCAGAAUUCAGUCAAAGUUUCAGGAGAACUUCUCACCACCCCCGGAAAGGUUUAGAGGGCCGAAGAAGCGACUAGGCGAAUUGAAAAGAACUUCACCACGAAAACCAGCGUCAGGAAAAGGACGUGCGGCGCCCCACCAGCGAUUAUCUGAAGGAACGGUGGCUACUCCAGGUGGUGACCCCGGUCCAUCGACACAACUUUGCCGCAUAGAAAAUCGUCAGAGUGCUGAGGAAGUACCAGAGGAGCCCACCCCGGAAGAACUCGAGGAAGUCGAGGAGGAAGUCGAGGAGGAACUCGAGAUGCAGAGAAUUCUUCUCGCAGAAGCGAAUGCUCGUGUACAGAAGCGACGUCCCAAGCCAGGACCAGAGUCUUCCGAACAUAUGCAGAGCAAAUCUGUACGGUCUAAAUCAGCGGGAAACCUCGGUCUUAUGUGUAACGACCACAAAGGUUCUCCCAGUCUGGCGCCUUCCCUUGCAGCCGCCACCGGACUGGUGCUUGGAACAUCUCCUUCUGGACCCCGCGACAUCCAGCGCUCGACGAGACGCAUCCCCGAAGGCAAGGGCAAGGGGAAAGAAAUCGAAGAUGAUGAGGCAGGCCCGCUAGAAGAUGUCUUUGCUAGAAUACCCGUGCCACGAGCGAAAUCGACAUCGGGGGUCGAGGCACUGAGUAGAAGCAAGAGCCAACUGACGCUGUUGCUGAAGCGGGAUGAGGAGAAGGCGAGUCGGAAUAGCGAAAAGCAUGGGAAUGAUAAGGGGAAGGGCAAGUUGUGGUGA